GUGUACUCAGAUUGGGGAUCCAUAUUCGUUUUUACCCUAACUAUAAAAGGGGAUUGGUACUGGCAUGAUCAUAAUUUCAAUCCCUAGACAGAUCUUCACCUCCUUCUCCUCGAGUUUUCCGAAAAUCCAUUAGUCGCAAAGUCAGGGUUUCUGGAAAAUGGCCGAACAAAAUAAGCAGCAACCAGCUUUCGCUAAGAUUGACCAACUUCGUCCUGGUGCUAUUGGUCUUAACCUCACUGUAAAAGUGGUUAGUUCAAAGAUGAUAAUGACACGAGGUCGCAAUGGGACUCAAGGACGCAAUAUGCGUCUUGCUGAAUGUUUGGUUGGUGACGAGACUGGAAUUAUUGUCUUUACUGCUAGAAAUGAUCAAGUGGAUGCAAUGAAGGAGGGUAGCACUGUGAUCCUUAGAAACGCAAAAAUCGACAUGUACAAAGGGUCCAUGAGACUCGCGGUGGACAAAUGGGGUCGUGUUGAGGUCACCGAACCAGCUGCUUUCUCCGUGAAGGAAGACAGCAAUCUGUCGCUUAUCGAGUUUGAACUUAUUACCGUUGAAGAAUGAGUCUUUUUACCCUUAUACCCUUGACUCUGAACAAAUCAAGGUGAUUCGCCAUCUUCAGCAUACGGGCUUCUUGUAUCGGAAGGGCGGUUUAUUUACGACAGACCGUAAGUUUUCUUACCCUUUCUGGUUUUUAGAGUCAAUUAGUGUUAUUUUGGGUACUUUGGCAGAGAAAAUAGUCUUUUGAGAAUAGUAAAAAGUACUUGCUUUUGUAAGCUAAAAAUUUGCAGUUGUUUUAUGUAAUACCCUUUUGUUUUCAGUGGACUUUUGAGCACCUUUUUACAUUCUGUUUGCUUUCA